GCGAUGGCGCGUGGGGCGUGGUCGCGCGUGGGGCGUGGCCGGGCGCUGCCGCCGCCGCCGCCGCCGCCGCCAGCCGAGGGGAGCGCGCGGGAGCGUGAGGGCGGCGGGAGCCGCGCAGGUUUUCCAGGAAAACAAACAAAAAGCAGGAAGCCCCUGGAGCGCUGCGCUGUCACCAUGGGCUCCACAGUGUGGGAAUGUGGUUGAAAUCCCAACAUUUAAUUCCUGAGAGUGGAUUAAAAAAAAAGAAGAUUUCUCCUGGGACCUGCCUGGAUCGAGCCGAGGAUGUUGAGCACAGAAACUCUUCCAGCUGGGAGGAACCACCAGCAAAACCAGGGAAUGUUUUGGUGAAGGAAAUCGGGGAUCCACGAGGAGCUGGAAGAUGUGCUGGGCUGGCAGCAUGGCUGUGGGGUGGGCACUGUGCUCCCUGUGGCUUUUGGGGCUCUGGGGGGGCCCCGCAGCGGGGCACAGCCUCUUCUCCUGCGAGCCCAUCGUGCUCAGGAUGUGCCAGGACCUGCCCUACAACAGCACCUUCAUGCCCAACCUGCUCAACCACUACGACCAGCAAACAGCAGCCAUGGCCAUGGAGCCCUUCCACCCCAUGGUGAACCUGGAGUGCUCCCGGGAUUUCCGACCCUUCCUGUGUGCCCUGUACGCCCCGGUGUGCAUGGAGUACGGGCGGGUGACGCUGCCCUGCCGCCGCCUGUGCCAGCGCGCCCACAGCGAGUGCUCCAAGCUCAUGGAGAUGUUCGGGGUCUCCUGGCCCGAGGACAUGGAGUGCACCAGGUUCCCAGACUGCGACGAGCCCUACCCUCGCCUGGUUGACCUCAACUUGGCCGGCGAGCCCACGGAGGAGGCGCCGAUGGCCGUGCAGAGGGACUAUGGCUUCUGGUGUCCCCGCGAGCUGAAGAUCGACCCGGAGCUGGGCUACUCCUUCCUCAGGGUGCGCGACUGCUCCCCCCCUUGCCCCAACAUGUACUUCCGCCGGGAGGAGCUGUCCUUCGCCCGCUACUUCAUCGGCGUCAUCUCCAUCGUCUGCCUCUCGGCCACGCUCUUCACCUUCCUCACCUUCCUCAUCGACGUCACGCGCUUCCGCUACCCGGAGAGGCCCAUCAUCUUCUACGCCGUCUGCUACAUGAUGGUGUCCCUCAUCUUCUUCAUCGGCUUCCUGCUGGAGGACCGCGUGGCCUGCAACGCCUCCAGCCCCUCGCAGUACAAGGCGUCCACCGUGACGCAGGGCUCCCACAACAAAGCCUGCACCAUGCUCUUCAUGGUGCUCUACUUCUUCACCAUGGCCGGCAGCGUCUGGUGGGUCAUCCUCACCAUCACCUGGUUCCUGGCCGCCGUGCCCAAGUGGGGCAGCGAGGCCAUCGAGAAGAAGGCGCUGCUGUUCCACGCCAGCGCCUGGGGCAUCCCGGGCACGCUCACCAUCAUCCUGCUGGCCAUGAACAAGAUCGAGGGCGACAACAUCAGCGGCGUGUGCUUCGUCGGCCUCUACGACGUGGACGCGCUGCGCUACUUCGUGCUGGCGCCGCUGUGCCUCUACGUGGUGGUGGGGGUGUCCCUGCUGCUGGCCGGGAUCAUCUCCCUCAACCGCGUGCGCAUCGAGAUCCCGCUGGAGAAGGAGAACCAGGACAAGCUGGUGAAGUUCAUGAUCCGCAUCGGCGUCUUCAGCGUGCUCUACCUCGUGCCCCUGCUGGUGGUCAUCGGCUGCUACUUCUACGAGCAGGCCUACCGCGGCGUGUGGGAGACCACGUGGGUGCAGGAGCGCUGCCGCGAGUACCACAUCCCCUGUCCCUUCCAGGUCACUCAGAUGAGCCGUCCAGACCUGAUUCUGUUCCUCAUGAAGUACCUGAUGGCCUUGGUGGUUGGCAUCCCCUCGGUGUUCUGGGUUGGAAGCAAGAAGACCUGUUUUGAGUGGGCCAGCUUCUUCCACGGGCGCAGGAAAAAGGAGGUCGUCAACGAGAGCCGCCAGGUGCUGCAGGAGCCGGACUUCGCCCAGUCGCUGCUGAGGGACCCCAACACCCCCAUCAUCCGGAAAUCCAGGGGCACCUCCACGCAGGGCACCUCCACGCACGCCUCGUCCACGCAGCUGGCCGUGCUGGACGAGCAGAGGAGCAAGGCUGGCAGCGUGCACAGCAGGGUCAGCAGCUACCACGGCAGCCUGCACCGCUCGCGGGACGGACGGUACACGCCCUGCAGCUACCGGGGCGUGGAGGAGCGCCUGCCUCACGGCAGCACGUCCCGGCUGACCGACCACUCGCGGCACAGCAGCUGCCACCGGCUCAGCGAGCACGGCAGCGCCAGGGACCUCAGCGGCAGCGCGGUGACACACGUCACCCACGGCACCAGCAUGAACCGCGUCAUCGAGGAGGACGGCACCAGCGCCUGACGGGCACAGGGCUCACCCAGAGGGCCUUCCUCAGCCAGGUGACACCUCGGAGUCAUCCUCGGGGCCGGGGCGUCGCCCGCGAGCCGACCUCGCGGGCGUGAGGAGCUGCCUGUGUGCUCUGAGCCUCUCUGGAGGUAAUUAUUUAUUUGGUAACUGUUCCUCGGCGGACACGACUGCUGGAUCUCUUAUUCCCUGUGGAAAGCAAUCCCCCCUUCCUUCUCUGUCCCUGCCCGUGUCCCUCCCUCCGUGGGCUCCGCGCGUCGGGAGGCGCCGAGUCGUGCUGGGAGUUGUUCUGAUGAGACUUGAGGGAACUCUGGGUGGCUGAAGGAAUCCCUCCGUGCACCUCCCUCCAGGGGACACGCCAGCGCUGCCUGGGGGACGUUUGGGGACACUGGAAAGGCCACAGGAACGGGCGCUGUGGAGAAGGAAGCUCCUCUGAGGAUCAGCAGCUCUCCCCAGAGCUGUCCAGGCUCAGUCAUCCACAGGGUGGGGGGAAGAGAGGGGCAGGGAAGAGCAAUUUUUUUAUAACUUGUACUGUCCUUGCUUUUUUUACAAAAGACUAUUUAAAUUUUCUACUCGUUUACAGUUUCUGUAGGAAGAGAUGGGUUUUAAAAGCAGUUACCUAGAUAUAUUCAGCCAUUUAUUUUUUAGAGUCAUGUACAAAAGCUGAGAUUGCCUGUUCCUGAUCUAUUUAAAAAAAAAAAAAGAGAUUAUGAUAGGAAAGCUGAACUUGUCCCCCGAGCAGGAAUGUUCUUACAGCCAGAGCUGAGCCUGUUUACAACCCCAGAGCUGGGUGGAGGAGGCUGAGGCCAGCAGGACCAGAGCAGUUUGGUUCAUUCAAGGGUGCCCCACCUUCCUUGGGGUGUCAGGCUGCUUUGGGGAGGAUUCUCUGUGCUGGGCAAGAACUCCGAGGUGGGUGGGAGGAGAAACUGAGGCAGGAGCUGCCCCCAGAGGGGGACAAGGAGGAUGUGGCAGCUGGGAGCCCAGGGCAUUCCUUGAGGAGGAGACAGGAUCCCCCCUUCAGGGGUCUUGGGUGUGGAUCUGCCUCUGCUGUGGCUGUUUUAUCCCCUUCUGCAGAUUCAUUCAGGGAAUUCUCAGUUUGGGCUUUUUCCUGUGGAAAGGAUCCCUUGGGAUACACUGGAGGCAGAAUCAAGGAUGGUGCUGGAGAUCUUCUGGAGCGUCUUCUGUGGAGAUUGAUCCAGCACCAGGAAGCACUGCUGGUGUGCAAACCUACCUCAGUAAUCACUGCUGGGAAGCAAACCCUUCUUUUUGCAUUGUCCUUCCACUUUCCCUCCCUGACCUGCUGGAAUGUUGGGAAGCACCAGCCUCGAGGGCAGGAGCUGCCCCACAAUUAACUCACUUUAAUUGCAGCUCAUUGCCUGUGUGCUCUGCAAUCAGAGGCUGCCCCAGGAGUCUCCCAGGUUUAUCCCAGAUUGUCUCUCGUGCUUCCACCGGGUCAGGAGGAGAAUUCCAAUGGAGCCAGCUGGAAUGACAGAGCUCUUGGGGAGGGAGGUGCUGCACCCAGGGCCGGGGCAGAGCAGGCUCUGCUUUGCCUGUGUGCUCAGCAAACAGCCCUGGGGCCAGCCCAGGGAUAGUCCUGGCUCAGGAAAACCCCAGCCCAGGGAUAACUGUCCACAUCCAAACGUGUGGAAAAACCCUUUGGAGUGACUGAAACUGGAGAAGCUCCCUGGGUGCCCCAAGGGUGGAACCUCUGCUGUUUCCAGUUGAGCUCCUCCUGACUCGCUGCCUCAAGGGGUGAUCCGGUGGAAAUCUGGAUAAGCUGAGUUUUCCUAAACACUGGAACUGAGCUAAAUAAGCUCAAGGGUUUACGUUGAUCCUCUUGGCUCGAUUUCCAGUAUUUUUUUUUAAUAAAUUGUAGCAUUGUUUUGACUUGUUUAGAGACAGGAGCGCUGUUGGAGCUUGGAGAGGGAUCUGCUGGAAAUGUUAAUUUGUGAGGCUCAGUCCCAGUGCUGCUUCCAGGUGGGAAUAUCGAAGUGCUCCUUGCUGAUCCUAAAGGGACAGGCUCCUGUCACCCCGGAGAGCUGAUUAAACUCAGAUUAAAGUUCUGGCUGGGAUUUCUGCCUGCCUGCCCCCUCCCUUCUGCCUUCCACGCUGUGCUCUCCUGGCAGAGCAUUCCUCCUGGGAGGAGAGGAAUUCUCCCUCACCCAUGGAAGAGUGCCCCAGCUCUGCUGCAGCUCCCAAAUCACCGUGUCUGAAGUGCAUCCCAGCUGGAAUGUGGCCCCACCAGCACCCCAGGGAUGGGCUCCAGGAGCGUUUUUGGGGUGCUUUGCUGCCUGGUGAGACUCCAGCCCGGGUGCCUGGUCUGUGGGAUUGGUGCCAAGCUUUAAAUUCCCCCCGAGCUGGAAGGAGGGCGUUCUUUAGUGCCUGAGGUGCUCUGGGCUCCCUGCAUGUCCCUGCAGCCACCAAAGCUGGAUCCUCUCUCCGGGAAUCUGGACAGUGCUGGCUGCUCCAGCUCACCCCAAACUCCUCCCUGUCCCUCCCGCGCACGCGAUGGCUGCACCCCAAAACUCUGCUUUUUGAGAAUUUUGAGCACAGCUCCUCAUCCCCAGUGUUCCCAGGGACCUGCAGCUCCUGCUUUACCAACCCAGCUGCACUGACCACAGAUCCUUGUGCUGUUCCUCCUUUCUUAACCCCUUCAGCUCCGGGGAAACAUCCCGGAUGGGAGCUGCAGUCCCGUUGCAUGGGAGAGGCUGCUGCUCUUUUUUAAAGCCUAAACAGCGCAGCAGCAGCAAACAGCCACGUUUGGGUGUCGGUGUGUUUGUGUGCUCCCUUUUCUUCCAGCUCACACCCCGAUUUGGUGCUGGAAGCUUUCAGCUCUAGGAGGGGCUGGUGAGCACUGGGAGGCACUGGGAGGCUCGGGCUGAAACCUGCUCAGGCCAAAUCCAGCACUGACAGCCCCAGAGCUGCUCCAGCAGGGAGGGGAGGGAAAAUCCCUCAGGGAGGGCACAGGGAGAGCAGCCAGGCCGGCCUAGAGCAGUGCCCGAAAUCCCUCAGGGAGAGCAGCCAGGCCAGCCUAGAGCAGUGCCCGAAAUUCCCUCGGGAAGGGCACAAGGAGAGCAGCCAGGCCGACCUAGAGCAGUGCCCGAAAUUCCCUCAGGGAGGGCACAAGGAGAACAGCCAGGCCAGCCUAGAGCAGUGCCCGAAAUUCCCUCAGGGAGAGCAGCCAGGCCAGCCUAGAGCAGUGCCCGAAAUUCCCUCAGGGAGGGCACAGGGAGAGCAGCCAGGCCAGCCUAGAGCAGUGCCCGAAAUUCCCUCGGGAAGGGCACAAGGAGAGCAGCCAGGCCAGCCUAGAGCAGUGCCCGAAAUUCCCUCAUGAAGGGCACAGGGAGAGCAGCCAGGCCAGCCUAGAGCAGUGCCCGAAAUUCCCUCGGGAAGGGCACAGGGAGAGCAGCCAGGCCAGCCUAGAGCAGUGCCCGAAAUUCCCUCGGGAAGGGCACAAGGAGAGCAGCCAAUCCCACCCCUCCAGGGCAGCUCCAGGGCACCGAGGAUCCCAUAAACAGCAGGGAGCUCCAUCCGUGUGGUGAAACCAGGGCACAGGAGCCAUCCCCAGCUCCUCCCGGAGCAGCAGAACGCCCAGUUGAAUGUGAAGCUUUACCCCCAUCCCCCUGUGCUUCGUUCCUACCGGGAUCAGGAUGGUUUUCCCCCCGGGGCGCGGCGUUUCCCCGGUUUUUGCUCCCUGCAUGGGUCCCUCCUGUGGUGACAACGCCCAGCUCCUCAGGAGAGGGGAAGGAGCUCCCCGAGAGCUCCACGUGUGGAAUGUGCGGGGCAGUCGCUGCCCUGGCUGACCCCGCUUGCACUCGGCUCUUGCUAGACUUGUUUACAGUAGUCCAGUGUGGGUUUUGUAACGUUUUAAUUUUUAGCACUUUAACUGUGAGUGUACAAACUGGUUCCCCUUGUAGUUGGUGUACAUUUUCAUUUUAGACCUUCGGAAGUUUUUAAUAAAACGAUGGAAAAACUCUGGCA